AGGUGGCUCACGAUGACGCUGCGGACAUGGCGGCUGCGGUCGCACAGCCCGGGGACGUGUCGGGCUGCUCUGUAACUCCGGUCGGGGCUCCGGGAGCGGAGCAGCUGCCUCAUUAGUAUUCGUGCCCACGAGGCAGCGCAGCGGGCCCUCCGGGAGAGCGAGCGUCGCGGCCAUGGCUUAUCACUCCGGCUACGGAGCUCACGGCUCCAAGCACCGGACCCGGGCAGCUCCGGACCCCCCUUCUCUGGUUUACAAGACCACAAUGGCCUUCAUCACAUAUGUACUGCUGGCGGGGAUGACACUGGGCAUUCAGAAAAGGUUCUCCCCAGAGGUGCUGGGCCUGUGCGCAAGCACAGCUCUGGUGUGGGUCGUGCUAGAGGUACUGGCCCUGCUCCUGGGCGUCUACCUGGCCACCGUUCGCAGUGACCUGAGCACCUUCCACCUGUUGGCCUACAGCGGCUACAAAUAUGUCGGGAUGAUCCUCAGUGUGCUCACGGGGCUGCUCUUUGGCAGCGACGGCUACUACGUGGCGCUGGCCUGGACGUCGUCUGCGCUCAUGUACUUCAUCGUGCGCUCUUUGCGAACAGCAGCCCUGGGCCCCGACAGCAUGGGGGCCCCGGCCCCUCGGCAGCGUUUCCAGCUCUACCUGACUCUGGGAGCUGCAGCCUUCCAGCCCCUCAUCAUAUACUGGCUGACCUUCCACCUGGUCCGGUGACCCCUGGCCCCCACUGGCAUUGAUUUUUCCAUACAUUAAAGAUUUGAUUUCCUUGA